AUGAGGAGCUCCGGCAGAGAGGCUGCGCUUUGUGAGGCAGCAGCUCUCACUGCACUGCCCAGAAGAAGAUGCGUGGGAAAACGGUGGUGCGCAUGCGCGUGGUGCGGCUGCACUCAGAGACUGGACGACGCUUCACUGGGGAACUGAGCGCCGGACAAAAGCCAGAAAAUGCAGUUUUGAGACUCGAACGUCGCGUGUUUCGCUGGAGAUGUAAUAAGGAGUGUGUGACCAUUGAAUUAGUGCCUAUGUGACAUGCUGGCCUGUCUGCCGGUAUCAGCCCCCUCUCUCCAGCUUCUCACCCACACGCAGAUGAACACUGGACUUCAGAAAUGGGACACUACACAGAAGAUGCGAUCUGCACAGUAUCCCACGCCAGCAGAGUUGGACGCCUAUGCUAAGAAAGUUGCAAACAACCCGCUGACUAUAAAAAUCUUUCCCAGUAACGUGAAAGUACCUCAGAGGAAGCACCUGCGCCGAACAGUGAACGGUCUCGACACCUCUAGCCAGCGCUACAGCCCCUACCCUACUCAGGUCAGCACCAGGACUGGGCUUCUGGCCAUCGUCAAAGUCCCCGUUAAAAGAAUCCUGGAGCAUCCUCAAGUCCGCUUCCUCCCCGAGAUCACCAUGAACCCGCAGAACGGACCUUACGGCACUCCAAGCACUUUAAACCUGCCUCAGACUAUUUCCUGCAUGCAGGCUCUUUCUCAACCACAACUUCUGGCUCAGAAGAACAUCACCCAUUCUCAGAGCCUGCAGAAUCAGAAGCACCUCUUUCAUUCUCAGAGCAUGCAAGCCCAGAAGCCCCAUCCACGCUCUCAGAGCUUGCAACCUCAGCAGCCCCUUCCACAUGCCCGGAGCAUGCAGGAACAGAAGACCGUGCCUCACCCUCCCAGGUUACUACAGCAGCAAAGCCUGGGCCAUCAGCAAGCAGUCCAUCCUGGCCUGCCUAGACACCAGACUGUGCAGCAACAUGUCCUCAUGCAGCAGCAAUCAGGUCCUCAGAACCUCCAUCACCGGCCUGAAAUGCCUCAGUCAGCUGGCCUGCAGCACUCACACAGUUUUUCCCAUUCUCAGUCCAUUCCUCAAACUCCUGGCCCAGGCCUUCCUGCACCUAACAAUGCCAUGUCUGGUGCCAAGCUCCCUGAUGCAGAUGCCCCACCUAAUGUAACUGUGUCUACCUCAACCAUCCCUCUGUCUAUGGCGGCCAGCUUGCACCAGAAGCAGCCCAGCGACCUGAGCAGCAUUGUUCACCAGAUCAGCCGUUUCUGCCAGGCACGCGCUAGUGCCAGUGCCACAUCAGUGUGUGAAGGCCAGAUUGCCAACCCAAGCCCCAUCAGCCGCAACCUGUUGAUUGACGCCAGCUCUCGAGUCUGUGCUCACAACCCGCUGCCCUCCUGUGCCCUUGCCAGCACCGCCGACAAAGCUGGAUUGACGCUGCCCAAUAUGGCUCCCAUGAACAUGAGACAUGCUUAUGAUAUAAAACAGCAGCCGCCUCAGAACCACUUAGCACAGCAGCAUGCCUGGAAUCAGCAGCUGUCUCAUCUCCAGUCUCUCACAGACAACCCACAGAAGAAUCCAGCCCGAGAUGGGACAGCAGGGCCUGGCUUUCCCAGCAAGAAUAUGAGCUAUGCUCAGGAUGUGUGUAUAGGCCAGUCGUUUAAUCUGAAGGCCCCUGUCGACAAGCCGACACCAUCACCACCCGUCACUGCCAUGUCCGGAGCUGUGAAUUACACCAACGGGCAUUACAUGCCACCACCAUGGAAUGGCAUCUUGCCUACACCCAAUAGCGAUGGCUCAGGGUCUCAAGAGAUGGGUGUUCCGUUCCACACGGGCAUCCCUGGGGCGUCCAUAGAAAACAGGACUCGAGCAUGCCCUACGGGCCACUUGAACCUGAUGCCACCCAUUGAGUAUUUGGGCGGAGAAUUCCAGGCGCCGUGCUUUCGAGAGCAGAACACGGGCAUGAUGGUGAAGAUGAGCAGGGCUCAAGAGUCAAAUGAUAGUCGCAGUGUGCACAUUCACCACCCAGGGUACAGAUGAGAAAUAGUCUUCUUAGGCGAGUCAUCCUUCAGUGUUAGACUCAGUGUAAGAAACACAUCUCUGCUCCUCCUUUUUUUUUCCUUUUCCGGUCUUGCAAGUGAUCUACUGUACCCCCCCACCCCCCCCAAAUACAUCAUGGUCAUCUGUUUACCCAGUGUAACUGUGUGCGAGGUUUUAAAAGGCUCUUUUUGUGUAGAUUAGAUUAUCAGCCUAUGGAGGAAAAUCUAUAUAGAAAUCUGUUUAAAUCCGAUAUUUAUUUGCGGUCACAGCUGACGAAAGCGACGUUUGUUUGUAAUUUCUUUUCCGUUCAUGUUCUCUGGAUCUACACAUUGAUCGAUCGAGCGAGUUGUAUGUCAGAUGUGCGACACGCUGUAUCCCUUCCAGUUUAUUUUCAUGUAGUUUACUCAAUUUCGAUUUGUUGUAAUUUGAUCCGAAGUGUUAAUACUAACGGGGGCCACACACCGAGCUUACUGAAGGAAUAAUAGAGGUGCCAUGUUUCUAAAAUGUGAGACUGUUUCCUCUGUGCCAUGCUCCGGCAUUUCUGGCACAGAGAUCAGACGUUCCCUUUCAAUGUUUACAUGUUAAUUUGCACUUGUAACUUUUGAAUUAGUUUUAAAAAACAAAACAAAAAGUGCAGAUCAACGCUGGGUUAUGCACCUAUGACAAGACUGUUUCUUGCAGCCGAUGCUCAGAAAUCGGACUCAAGACUCCGAUUGGACUGUUACUGUACGGAUUUCUCAGUGUGAUCUGUUUCCUCUCCUAUUGUGUCAGCCAACAUUGUUUCUCGCUGUGACUGGUGUUGGCUUUCCCCAUAAGGUUUAGUUAUAGGUAUCUGUCCAUCUGUCAUGAAGUAGAGCCACCCUGGGAUCCCUGGACUUUACUUUGAACCUGUGCACAUGGUGUAUAUUAUGGUAUUUUUGUGUAAUUUGUGUUGACUUGAAAUACUUGAGUUGCUGAAAUGUUCUCUUGAAGCUAGUUUCAGUUUUACUACAGGACACUACAAAUGUUUCACGGUAUGUGAACCCGAUCAGGAUCUGCUUCUCACUUUUAAUCCCAAGGAAGUGUGUGUGUGUGUGUGUGUGUAUGUGUAAAGAGCAAGGUGAUCAGUCUGAUGUGUAAAUGUCCAUCCAGGCGUGGCCCUUUCAAAAUCGUGUUUUUUUGUUGUUGUUGUUGUUGUUUGUUUAAUUCGUCCAGGAAAAACCUUACUUGAGCAUUAAACGGAUCACUUGCAUAUUUUAUGGCAAUAUAAAAGAGGGCCACAGGCUAAAUCUGAUGUGAUACAAACACUUGCCUCAUUGCUAUGCUGUUGUAAUCGAGGGCUGUGCUAAGCCUUGUGUGAAUGUGAUGGUGAUGGUGUGGACCGAACUGCAUGUUUGCUCCAUUAGAAACUCCCUUCUUUUUUUUUCUUUUGAGCAACUAACGAUCCAUAAAUGUAAGCAAGUUUUGAUCUUUGUUGAUGAAUCUGGAGCAGUCUCAACUCAGGUGCCAUUUGAUUUUAAGCCUGAAGAAUACAACCAGAAAACAUGGCUUUCAGAACGAAUAAAGUUAAUUCAUAUUGGGGGGGAACUACAUCAGGUUGUAGUGACAUAACGUAAAUAAUCGGUUACUGGGAAACAGUGCCCGCUGCUUUUGGGAAUAGUGUUGUAUGCCGAGUGCCUCCCUUUCUCAGGUCUACUGGUGCCUCCUUACAUGUCAUCUUCCCACUUCGUGCACAUAACAGUCUGCUCGUGUUGUUUUUUUUCUUCUUAGUGACGCGAUUGUGUACGUAUGAGAGCAGGCCAUCUGGUAGCCGAGUGCAGGUAUUUUUACCCUGCGACAGGCUUUGGUGUAACUGAUGGAGCAAACAUUGGGCAGUUUGAAGGUGAUAUGAACGACAUGCAGUAUGCUCGCCUCGCCGGUUACCCCCUUAAGAGCCUUAAGUAUUUGUUCCUUGGAUUGUCUUUGAUAACGGGCAUAGUGGAGAUGUCUAAUUUAUCUUUUUAGCUGUUUUAAUGUUUUUUUUUUUUUUUUUUUUAUUUAGUUUUUUUUUUUUCCUUUUGUCCUUUCUUUUUCUUUUCAAAGAAAACAACUUCCUAAAUUGAGGAUUGUGGUUUUGUAUUUAUCAACUUAACUGUGUAUCGCUGUAACAGUUGUCAGUUUUGCAUUCAGACCAAAAUUAUUUGCUUUUCACAGCUAGCUAAUUUAUUGAAUUGGCUUUAUUAUUUGCAGUGCAACUUUUCAAAGGUUUGUCUCGUUCGUUUUCGUUUUCGUUCUCUCUCUCUCUCUCUCUCUCUCUCUCUCUCUCUCUCUCUCUCUCUCUCUCUCUCUCUCUCAUAUUUGCCAACAGCAGCUCAGUGACGCAAGUUGAAUAACACCGAGUUUUGUGACUUAAAGCAUACAGAUUGCAGUUACACGGCCCAGACCUGUUGGUUAAUUGUGAAUAUAUGGUUUCUGCCACUUUGUCAUAUUUUUCUCUCCUCCCCAAGAAGCUGCUAUUUUAAUUCCAUCUGUAGAUUACGUUACAGUGAUUGAAGGGUAGGAUCCAGUGGUAAUCCACGCUCUGCUUUUUUCUUUUUUUUUUUUCUCCCCAUGCAACAUUCGUUCAUGGAUACGUUUUGAAGUGAAUGAAUACAUUUGGUUGUCAAUUCGAAGAUUGGGAUUCGACACAAUUCUUGUUUCACGUGUUGUUAAAGCUCCAGGGCACAAAGUCAGGUUGCUCGUUCUAAAAGUUCCUGUUUCUAUGUAAAGUGCCUACACUGGGAUGUGGACUGUGUGUAUAUGUGACUGUCUGGGGAUAUAAAUAGGAAACGUGCUGGCACAAGUGCACACUACAAAGACCUGGCGCACUGUUCACGAGCGGGGGACCAAACUGCGUAAAACUACUGAUAGGAAGAACGCUGCAUGUGCCGCCUCAGGCAUUAAACCUAUUUGAAUAUAAAUUUGAAUAUUUGCUGCUGAAUCUUUAGUCUAGGUGGGUGAACCUACGCUGCUGAACAUCUAGUGCCCUAGAAACCUUCUAUGGAGUGCUUUAGAAAAUUCUUUAUAUCUUAUUGAGCACAUGUACUCUCAACAGUACAUACUGACAGUUUUUUCUUUAAUUUUUUUUUUUUCUUUCUUUUUGAAGUUUAGAACUCAUGCCAACAGUGUUUCAUCUUGUUCUACCAAAGAACAAAAUGUCGCAUGAAUGGUAGCAGUGUGCAACUGUAACUUAAAUCUGUCAUUCCAGAUGCCCAUGUUUUUCAGGAAUAAUGUGUUGCACAAACAUUCCCCUCUAACCAAAAUAAAGGUUGACUUGCAUUUAAAA